ACACGAAGUAUCAUUAUAAGGCGUGCGCUGGAGAACGUUCGAGUCGCAAACAUGGCAGGUAUCUUGUCUCGUUGCACGCGGUUUGCUGUUGUCCUUCCUAGAGUUUUCGGGGCUUCAGCCAGGUCUGCUACCUCGUACGUGAACACAGAGCAAAAGGGAAAAGUCCUUGUGGUCUCCAUCGCUCGCCCUGAGAAGCGGAACGCGAUUAAUAGCGAAACUGCAGACCAACUCUCCGAGACCUUCCGACAUUUUGAGAUCGAUGAUUCGGUGAAUGUCGCAGUGCUGACGGGAAAGGGAGGAAAUUUUUGCGCGGGUUCAGAUCUGCAGGAGCUUGCACAGAAAGAUGCUGAGACCUACAUGAAAUCUUUCUACCCGCCUGGGGAGGGAGACGGCCCGAUGGGUCCCACCAGGCUGAAGCUAACCAAGCCAGUUAUUGGUGCAAUUCAGGGCUAUGCAGUUGGAGGGGGACUGGAACUUGCCUUACUCUGUGACCUGCGUGUAUGCGAGGAAGACUCAGUCUUUGGAUUCUUCAACCGGAGAUUUGGUGUACCAUUAGUUGAUGGAGGUGCCGUCCGUCUGCCCUACCUUAUUGGUCUGUCCCGUGCACUGGACCUAAUCAUGACUGGACGUGCUGUCAAAGCCCAAGAGGCUAUUGAAAUUGGCCUUGUAAACCGUGUUGUGCCGAAAGGAAAGGCCAUAGAGGAAGCGAUUAAAAUUGCAGAGAAGAUCUCGCGAUUCCCACAGGAGUCCCUCAAGGCUGACCGCAAAACAGCAUUCUACUCCACAUUCAAUGCUGACUCGUUCUACGAUGCAUUGACAUAUGAAUAUCGCAAGGGAGUGAAGAUACCAAUUGUGAGAGAUGCCAUAGCCGGUGCCCAACAGUUCCAACAGGGGAUGGGAAAGAAGGGUUCAUUCGAUGAGUGGUAAUCUGUCAAACAUUCUGCAUCAUUCUUGAUGUGCAUGCUAGAUUUUUUUUUUGCUUUCGUAGAAAGAAAUGUUUUUGUAUGUAAGAAACAUGAUUUAUAAAAUUAAUUAUCAUUAAGAUUAUACAAUGCUAAUCUGUACUUGUUGCAAGUAGAUAUAAAUGAAACAAAAAUGCAUCUCAAAAAGGCAUGCACUUUAAAAGUAAGGUAAAGACAAAACCACACCUUAUACUGCACACAUCCUAGAUCUGGAAGGAAAUUGAUAAAACUAUGCCUUAGUUAUAAAAAUCUCUUUUAUAAUGCUGUUUGUUUUGAAACCCUAAAGUAUUUAUAGUAUAUAAAAAUAUAAGACACUUUCAUAUAUAUUAGACACUUACAUAUAUAUGUAACUAUCCAAGUAAAUAAUGUUUUUAAUAAGUUUUAGUGGAAGGGAUGCAACUAAAAGCAAUGCUCUCAUAGUUUAAACAAACCAAACACUGUUCGUUGCCUAUAUAGAUAUGUACUCUAUGGAUAGACUAUAAUACAUGUUAUAAAUGUCCAACCAUGAAAUAAACUGUUUAAAUUAUAGUUUUCAA